AUGACACAACGAACGGCAGCUGAGUAUAGAGUUCUCUACAACUUCUUGCUAGACAAAUACCACAAAACGGAAAAGGAGUUCAAAGAGAACGUUGAAACUGAAGCCGAACUGAGACACUUUCUCCGAUACAAUACCCUGAGAAAUGCUGCCAUUCUGGACAUAAUCAGAGAAGUGUACCCUCAAGACGAAGACCAAGAUGAUAUUGAAGAUACAGAGAAACAAAUAAUAGAAUCCAUCUUGGAAAAGAAACCAGAGUUGAAAAUGUUGGAAUCGUUAUUGGAUGAUGAAGUGGAUCAUCAAGAUUCCACACUGGACAGUUUGAUGGAGAUCCAAUUCAAACUCUCACCCGUCAACACAUUCAAUCCGGACGCUACCCUGGAACAAGAUCAAUAUUUGGCAAGAAUCAAGAACAAAAUGGUAGUGAAGCUAAUGAAAGAUAUCAAGAUGCUCCCCCGUAACUAUAAGGAGCAAGAUGAGGUGAAAGAGACGGAUAUAACUGGUUAUACCGUCGACACAUCAGGGCUGAAAGUCCCUGCACUAGACAUCGCUGAACAGACUCCUCUCACAAACACCCACUAUUUAAAGAUGACUAAUCCUCAGAUCUUUCAAGAAGAUCCUGUUUCUAAGAAAAGAAAACUGGAGCCAGAAGAAGACAUUGAGAUUAAAAAAGUAAAAGAAUAA